UUGAGACCUUCUUUUAUAUCAAGACAAAGAUCGAAUAUGUUGCUUUCUAAAAUUGCAAAGAAUUCUGGCUUGGUUAUUCAACCUUUUGUCCGUACUGUUGGUAUUCCUGUUAACAUUGCUACGCGGCGAUAUCAUGAAAAGGUUAUUGAUCAUUAUGAACGUCCUCGAAAUGUUGGUUCCCUUCCACGCACAGACCCUGAUGUUGGCACAGGACUUGUGGGUGCACCAGCUUGUGGAGAUGUAAUGAAACUUCAAAUUCGUGUGGACGACACCACUGGUAAAAUCGUUGAUGUUAAAUUCAAAACAUUCGGUUGCGGCUCCGCUAUUGCCUCAUCGAGCUAUAUGACUGAACGAGUUCGGGGAAUGUCAAUUGAGGAAGCGAGUAAAAUAAAAAAUACAGAAAUUGCUCAGGAAUUAAGUUUGCCACCUGUUAAACUUCAUUGUUCAAUGCUGGCUGAGGAUGCUAUCAAAUCUGCAAUUAAAGAUUACAAGAAAAAACGAACAUCAACAAUGCCAGCAAAUCCUCCUUCUCCACAACAAUUUACUCAACAACCUUCCGUAUAA